UUCUUCUUCCUUCCUUCCUUCUUUAUUUUUGUAGUUCAUUUCCUUUCUUUCUUUUUUCUUUGUUGUGUUCUUUUAUUUCUUUAAACUUGUGCUUGUUUUAAAGGAAUAUAUAUUUUUUCUGUUUGUUAUCUUUUUAUUUUUUUAAUUAGUUUUUUGUUAGUUAGUUAUUAUACAUGAAUCCAUAUUUUGGUUACCAUGAAGAACAACAACAGCAACAAAAAGAUGAAAAUACUUUGAUAAGUGACGCCAUUCAAGCCGAAGAAUUGUAUUUUGCCGAAUAUGACCAUGCUAUGUAUUUGGAAGCUGAUUACUUUGAUCAACAGCAAGACCAACAGUAUGAUGAUGAAUACAAUGAUAUCGAUGAUGAUAAUGAACAGCUUGAUAUAGAUGAACAACAACAAGAUGAAGAUAGAAUGGAUAUGGACUCAACUUAUGAUUAUCAAAAUGAUGCUCUACUCAAAUUGAUAGUUGGUGUACAAUCAUAUAUCUCGGAUCUUACUAGUGUAGGCGCUGAUCGACAAGAUUCUCCUUUACUUGAUUUGCAAUACAAGAUGUAUGUGUACCUAAAGCAAAGACUUAGUGAUAUGGGUGUGGACGCUAAUACUUUAAUUUGAAUCAUCAUCAUCUUCUCUCUCUCUCUCUGAAUCUUUAUUUUUUUUUUUUAUUGGAAGUAGCACAACCAAAAAAAACAAAAAAAAAUCAGAAAACAUCUCCCUCAAAAAAAAAAUCAACACAUAAUAUUUAUUCUCAUUCAUCCUUAUUCAUCAUCUUUUUUUUUUUAUCUUCUCUCCUAUUAAUAUUACUAUUGUAUGAUCUCCUUAUGAAAACUAUCCAAAAAAAACUUGAAAAUAUCUAGCCAGCAAAAAGUACACUAAAAAAAAAUAUCAUCAGUUCUCGUCUCCCUCUCUCAACUCCUUUAUCUUCUAUUUCUUUUUUUGUGCCUACUUUUAUUCUUCUUAUUUAUUUAUUUAGUUUAAAUCCUUCCAAUUGGAUUUUUUUUCUUCUUAUAUCUUUGU